AUGUGUGAUGAGAAAAAUAAUGGAGGAAAGAAAAAUUGGUUUAUCUAUUGUUCGGGUCCAAUCCUGAGAGCCGCUCAAUACAAUCAGGCUGCUUUAGGACACAAUGAUUCGAAAUAUUUUGUGGAUAUGCCUUUAAAGAAAACACCUGAUGAGACAAAUGCCGCUUACCAGAAAGCUUUUGGGAACGUUCCAGAAAAUGCUCUCCCAAUUGAUGCAUUGAAGGAUUUUAUUGAAGAAUAUUUCUCAGAACCGGGCACAGAAAUGGACACUUGUGAGCCAGAGGAUUGGAAAGAGAAUCCGCCAAACUUUCAGAAGAUUCACGAUCCGGAUCUUCGAAAGUUUGCCAAUGAUUUGAACGAUGUUUGGAAAACGCUUUGUCGACAAAUGAAAGAUGAGGUGAAAAAUGAGCCGGAUCGUUUCUCUCUUCUCUAUGUGCCGAAUCAGUUUAUCAUCCCAGGCGGCCGAUUCAGGGAAUUCUACUAUUGGGACGCCUACUGGAUUGUCAAGGGUCUCUUGGCCAGUGACAUGAAACAGACGGCAAAGAACAUGAUCGCUAAUCUCUUGUACAUGGUUGAACAAAACGGUUUUGUGCCAAAUGGAGGCCGGUUGUAUUACUUGCAGAGAUCACAACCUCCCCUCUUGACAGGAAUGAUGUUUGAGUAUUAUCAGAAAACGGGUGAUCUCAAAUUUCUCACUGAUAGCAUUGAAACAUUGGAGAAAGAGCUCAAGUUCUGGGAUGAUAAUAGAAAUGUGUCAGUGAUUUUGGAUAAUCAAUCGUAUAUGUUGUAUCAGUAUCGACCGACGAGCAACACUCCCCGUCCAGAGGGAUAUCUUCACGAUUACACGGCGACACUGAAAAUGAAUGGGGAAAAGGACAAACAAAAUUAUUAUCAGAACGUUGCCGCUACCGCUGAAUCGGGUUGGGAUUUCUCGACACGUUGGUACAACAAUUCUAUUUCAAUGGACACCAUUAAGACAACUGAGAUUGUUCCCGUCGAUUUGAACUCGUUUAUUCACUGGAAUCUCAAACUUCUUGGAUAUUUCUAUAGAGAAAUUGGUAACACUGAGAAAAUGAAGUUGUACGAGGAGAGAGCGGCAAGGAUGAGAGAUGCGAUUAAAGCUGUCUUUUAUGAUAAAGAACAGAAAGCUUUCUUUGAUUAUCAUUUAGAUACGAAAAGAAGAAACGAUAAAUUCUUCUAUGCCUCUACAGCAGCUCCACUCUUCGCCGAGGCUUAUGAUUUGUUCAAUGGGAAUCUCCCGAAUGGAGUCUACAAAUAUAUGCUGAAUCAAUCGGUUUUGAAUUUCCCGGAAGGAGUGCCGACAUCGAUGGUGCCCUCGGGUGAGCAAUGGGAUUUCCCCAAUGGAUGGUCUCCACUCGAGCAUAUUGUCAUUGAGGGUUUCAGGAAAUCGUCUGAUCCCGAAGCACAACAAGCGGCGUUCUUAUUGGCUGAGAAAUGGGUGAUCGGCAACUAUUUGACGUGGAUGAAGACAAAAGCUAUGUGGGAAAAAUAUGACAUCUCUGGUGUGAUUCCUGAGCCUGGACACGGUGGCCUUUACGAUGUUCAGGUGGGCUUUGGCUGGACGAAUGGUGUUGUUCUCGACUUGUUGAUCACUUAUGGAGAUCGGUUAAGCAUCACUAAAACAGAUACAUCCACAAAAAGCUCAUCAAUAAGUACUAAAUCCUUGUGCCAGAAAAGAUUACACCGAACACAAAAGACGAUACACUUUGAGAUCCCGUUUGCCGUUUACCUCUCUCCCUGCAUCACUUCUCCAAUCGACCUCAAGAACUUGUGCAUCUCAAUGCGGGAGUCUAUUCAGUGUAUUUUGGUGGGCAACGAUCGCUCGCUUUUGUUAGAGCUCGCUCGUGUUAGAGACGCUCGCUGUUUU